GCCCUCUUGACUCCCCUCACACCACUCCCCAAACUUCCGUCCAUGUCUCGGAGUGACUCAUACAAAACUCCUGCGUCGCUACUCCAACUAACUCACUCUUCAGUCUACCUUCAGCUCGUCUUUAUCCAUCCUCCUGUUGCCAGCUAUAACCUCCUGUCCAAGCGUAACUUCAAUAUCUGCGACCCGGCCACCCUUUGCAACAACGUCAUCAUGCUUUGGAAAUCUCGAACGAAGACUGAGCCCUACUGUCAGGUAACAAAUUAUUUGGCUAUGCUUGAAUUGAUAAAAGUUUAUAAAAUGGUUAAUUAAUUUUGAAAAUUAUUGUUUUCUCUCAUGCUAUUACUGAUAGGGCUAGAUAGGACUUAUAAUUACUAUAUAUUUCUAAGAUAGUAUUUGUAAAGUGGCAAGAACUAGUGACAACUUGUUUGAUGCUAUAAUGGGUUUGGGGAUCGAUAUUGCAAAUGAUAUCAGUUCUCCAAUUUGGGUGCCUGAAAUGCUGUAGAUAACAUUCCCUCAUUGUCAUGGUGAGCACGCUCAAAUUAUUCAAAAUUAUGUAAAUAUAUUUCAAAAACACUUUAAAAGUUGUUUUGAGUUAUCUGUAUCAUCUAACAAAAAGUUGAGCGAGGUGGAUAGCGUGCGUAAUGGUUUGAUUACGCGGCAGUUUAAAAAGAAGGCUGGAUAUUGAUUCAUAUAGCCUAACAAAUAGGCUGUUUGACGCAUACUCUGUGCCAAAAUUAUUUUGGGUUGUCUGGGAAUGAGACCUCUGAUUUAGCGUUUAAAAACGAAGGCCAAUAAUAUGGGGAUGUUUGGUUAGUUUAAUAACUUCUAAUCUAAAAAGAAAGUAAAGGUAGGCAAAUUAUCAAACAUAAAUGUGGGAAAAUGAAUGAACGUUUGAAUGAAUAUCUCUUUAAGGGAACUGGACUCCCCCACCCCUCCCCUCAUUCUGUUGAGCGAGUUCAGAAACCUAUAAGUAGCGCGCGCAUGGAGAACGUUUAGGACACUUUCUGACAGCAGCAUCCGUAACAGCACGUGCUUGAGGGUUGGCACAUUGAGACAUUUCUAAAAGCAAGAAGAAUAAUUUAAAAAAGCUUUAGCUAUUCCCUGCAUGGAUCUUGUAGACAGAUGAAAGUAUCUUGGAUUAUAACUAUUUGGUGACAUCGAUAAGACAUUGACAGCAUCCAUAUCCUAGACUGUGCAUUUGGGUAACCAGAAGAGAUGUUAGUCCACACAUAUUCGGCCAUGGUGAGUCCCUCUACAUUCAGUACUACGCGCUAGUCUGCAGGCCAGAUUAGGUCCUAUAUGGUCUUGUCAUUUUCAAUUUUUACAACUUUGUCUUGACUCGAGUGGGCACAGAUAUGUGACGUUAACUUCGCACUAGCGGCGCCGCUUUUGUCAUUGUCAGCUGUCGGGAUAGAUCGGCUGUAUGCGGAAUGUCUGACCGCAUCAAAGUGUCCGUAGAAAUAUGAAUUUAAAGACAGCCGACUAAACGAGGAUGGCACUUUGAGAUGGUAGAUCAUAAUCAUUUUGUAAAAGUACUAUCGCGUUUUGCUGUGGUGAGCAUAGUGAAAAUUGAAACUGCUAAAGGGGUGUGAAAUGUAUAAGGCAUACAUGUUCUGAUGGUAACCUAUAUAUUAGUAUAGUGGUUAUCGGUGUUAUGUUGUCAUUUAUUAUUUUAUACAUAUUUUAAAUGACCUUUUUCCUUUGCUUUUAAAUCCCCCAUUGCUCGUUUCUAAUAAUGGACAUUGUUCCAACAAAACAAAAUUGAUCCGAGUGACCCAACUUUAGAAAAAUCGAUUUUAACCAGGAAGUGCAUGCAUAUGGGGAGGAAGGUAGGCUACAGGACAAUUGGAGAAUAUUGCAAAAUGAUUGCAUUGAUGAUAGUAUGUUAUUACAAUAUUAAAUGAUGACUGCCAAAUUCAUUCAGACAAAAUGGCUAAAGUUAUGUUUAGGCUAUAUUGCUUUACAUUUACCGUAAAAAUAUUUACAAUAUUUUGUAAAUAUUUCAGAAGCUCCUGUAGUCAAAUGUGUUCACAUAUUUUAUAAUAUUGAGUAUUGUAUUUCCCAGGGCAACAUGAUGCUAUUGCGCAUUUGAUACCUGUCCUUUGUUCUGUUGGGGUUCUCAGUGGCCAUGACCUUUGUGACACUGACAUGCAGCGAUGCCAGGGGCACCUGCUGCCUGUCUGCAUGCAAAUCAAACACUCCGUUUGAGUUAUUUUGACAUUUUAAAUAUUAAGCUACAUUUGUUAGUUUUUUGUGGUCAAGACAGACUAAGUUUUGUGCAGUUUUAUAUAGGCUAUCGAACUGAUUUAAAAUGUCAUUUUUUUGUAUUUAAUUCAUUGCAGUUCAGUUAACUACUUCACACAAUAAUAACGAAUUGUAAUGGACUUAUGAUAACGAUUAGGCUACUAUUUAUAGUUUUGCUAAGAUUAUUUGAAUCGGGGGGGGAAAAUGUAAUUAUAGGCCUGACAUUUGGUCCAGUAAAUCGUCGCAUUUGCAUGUCUUCAAAAAAUUGUUUGAUUUAGAAGUCUAAGCUACUUUUUUGUAUUUUAUGCACAGGACCGCGCGGACGGACUGACCGGCUCCUCGCCGAGUGGGCGACUGUCCCAACUCUCCUCGCUGAACCAGGCAGCUUACUCCUCGGCUCCCCCGCUCUGCCACACACCCGCCUCUGACUUCCAACCUCCGUACUUCCCCCCUCCAUACCCACAGUCUUCGCUCUCAUACUCACAGAGCCAGGACUCUGCAUACUCUCACUUAUCGGACCCCUACACCUCCAUCAACUCCCUUCAUCAGCAUCAGCAAGCGGCAUGGCACUCGCAGAGGUCGCGUUCGGACGAGGCGGGGCUAUUGUCACAGUCACACCGGGCUUUAAGCCUCGACCACCGUCGGGAGUACCCCGGUAUACCCCGGCUUCUCCACGGACUCGGGGAGGGUGCAGCAGCGCUAGGGGACGGUCCUCUUGGAAUGCACCUUGGACAUCACGGACUGGAGGACAUGCAGGUGGGUUUAUUUGUGCGUGGACUUUUUUUAUUAUUCCUUUUCCCGUUCACAAACACUAUAUUGCUCGUGCGUAAAAGUCACCUUCCAGCGCAUAGCCUAACCCAUGCACCCAUUAUGUAGAUAAUUGCUGCAUUAAUUUACACUUUUUUGUGGAAGAAUCUAUAAUGACUAUGCGAAUAAUUGUGUGUAUGGGCAAGGAUUAUUUCUGUCACUUUUCUUUUUUUACUGUGAUAGUCAUUUUCUUCUUAUGCGUAUUUUACGCACUCGCUUUUUUCUCUCAAAGGGUCCACCUUAGAAAAAGAGCUAUUUGUAAAUGCAAUUCCUAUAACAUUUGGUGAAAACAUUGCAUAUUUACCAACUGUUACACUAAUAAUGGUCUCGAAGUGGCCACCUGUCACAUGAAAUGACCUCGCUCUUCGCCCUGAUCUUAUUGCGAGAGUGUACUCACAGUUUUAAAAUAUUAUUUAGAGGCCAAGGAUAUUUUCCCUGUGGCAGUGUAAAUAGGCUAGAGACUUGUCUAAGUGGUGAUGAUUGCGUUGAUGGAUACAUGUAGGCCUAAUCAUGUUAAACGGAAUUGGUCCACUAAUUGCAGGGGCUCGCUUGUCUCGUUAGUUUAAAAAAUUAUUUUAGUUCAACCUAAUCCCCAAAGUGUUGUUAUGUUAAAUAUGGCAGGCAGAGAUCAAACAAUUAAAUCUGAUAUCAACUAACAAUUACAUUAUUAGACCUUGAAUACAUUUCAGUGAUAUGUUUAACUAUAUUAACCUACUUUGUGGACGCAGUUCUCAAAUAGAUGAUUUGGAUAAGCCAUUUAUUUCAGGUAAAUAUAAAUAGAUAUUGGAUAUCGGAAAUAUCAACAAAAUAAUAGGAUGAUUUAUACUGUUACCUUAAAUAUAACUACUUUGUUUCUAAUUUCAAUAGCCUAUUGACAAUGUAUUAAUUGCAACGAGGAAAUUAACAAAAUUGAUAUUAAUCUCCUGAAAAAUUUACAUAAUAAUAAUCAUAAUCAUAAUAUUAAAUAUAAUAUAUGUUGCAUUUCUUUCCUUCCUGAAUAGUUUUGUUCUUUGUGUGUCAAAAUUCAAGGUUGACUUAGGCCAACAGGCUAUCCACUAACACAUGAAGCAAGCCAACAUUUCGUUGGUUGCUUUAGCCGAUAUCCAUUGAAGUCAUAGGGAGAAAUGUUCAACAUAUUAUGGUAUGCAUGCUAUUUAGCAAGAAGAAUAGUUUAAACGUUGCUAUGGAUUUAUUGAGUAGUCAACCACACACAAGCAGGUGCAGAUUCAGAUGCAUUUGUUCAAAGCAUCCUGCAUCUCUCACACAAUUCGGCGCAACCAAUUGAUUCCCGUGGUCAUUAAUACAAAGAAACACUUACUCAAGCGGAAGGCAUGGAGUCAUCCAGGGCAUGUUUGUGUUAAACGCUCUCUCUUGACAGAACCUUUAUUUGAUUAAUGGUUUAAAUUCGCACGUUUGAGUCCCCUUAUAAAUCCGACACACAGAGCAUCUCUCUCUGCAGAAUAUUUUUUUUAUUAUCAUACUCCUCAUGACACAUGUAGAAUAACAUAGAAAUACCCCACAAAUGGCAAACAGUUAAACGUUUAAAAUGUUGAAAUGUUUGUUGAAUUUGUUAUAGCGGAUUAUAUUGGUCACUUUAUUUUGUAGUUCAAUGAUAUCCCCCCCAAAAUAGCAUGGCGCUUGCAACGCGAGGGUUGUGGGUUCGUUUCCCACGGGGGGCCAGUAUAAAUAAACAAAAUAAUUAUGCACUCACUAACUGUAAGUCGCUCUGGAUAAGAGCGUCUGCUAAAUGACUAAAAUGUCAAUGUAAAAAUGUAAAGGUAGGCCUAUGUCUGAGCGUAGUAAACAUUAAAAGUACUUUUUUUAAAUAAAGUUUAUUUGCUGAAUAGACAAGUAGGCCUGAUCCGUCCCUAUAAACAUAUGUAGUCCUAGGCUUAAGAUGGAUAAUUACAUAAAGAUUGAGCAACUAGAAAAUUGGGCUCUAUGAUGAAAUUUUUCAAAAUGUCCGAUGUGCAAGAAUUCACAUCGAAAAGGAGUGCGAUCGCAGGGUUUAUCUCACGAUUAGCCUCUUUGUCAUUUAAAGUGAAAAACACCCUACUUAUGCUGUAGUUUUUUUAAUUUACAACUUAAUGUCAAAAAUACACACAACAUAAAAUGUGUAAAAGACAUAUGGAGUUGACAAAGUGAUUAUCAUGCCAAUAGCCCUCCCAUAAGACACUGCUCUCAACUCACAAACACAAAAUAUGUCAGUUCUUUGUCUAGGUUUUCAUAGAGUAAAGACAAUGUUAAGCAGGGCCAACUUUUGUCUUGUUCUUUGUUCUCUGACCACACAACAUUGUAUAUUUGCACAGCCAGUUUCAACAAAGAGUGCAAUUCUGUUUACUGCUUUUUCUUCCACACCUAUAGUGUGUAGACCACAACUCCACUCUAUUCAUAGAGAUCACAUACACUAAAUGUAUUCACUUGGCCUUGAAUAAAAGCGAUUGCUAAGUGGCAUAUACUGUAUUAUGAUAAGGGCCCCACAAUAACCACCUCAACGUAGAAUUAAGGCCGGCUUCUCAUUAAACUGCCCUCUUCUGAGUCUAGUUUCCAACACGGAUUCCCUAACGAACCACAAGACUCUAGCAAAUCUGCCACUCAACUGUUAUAAUUUUCAUACACUGUGAUAAGAGCUAAAUUAUAGAUUGCACUUGGCCCCAGACUAGUUUUGAAUUGGCUGGUGAGGGUAGUGAAUAAAUGAUCCUGACUGCCCACUGUAUCUACCCAACACAGGGAAUGGAGGAGGGAUCAGCCUUGGGCAUCCUGGACCACUCCGUCAUUAAGAAAGGUAAGGGAUGGCAGAGCUCUGUGUGUUUGUGUGUGUGCGCACCCUUCCCUAUAAACACCAACCACCCCUCCAGCAUACACACACACACACACACACACACACACACUAUAAAUAAUUCUGUUUUGCUAUUUCAUUUGAAGUCAAAAAGUCCUCUAAUACUCGGCUGCAGACUUCACCCUAAAGGCAGUCAUUCUUAAUGAACUGUUCAUGGUCAUAUGAGAGGAAGAGAGGGAGAGCGAGGGGGAUUAGAGCAAGGAAGAGAAAAAAGAAGUGGGCCAAGGAAAAGGGAGGGGAAAGAAGGGUAAAAAGAGAAGUUCUGGGGAAAUUCACAGCCGUAUGAUCACUCUGUUACCAAUACUAAGAACUAGGAUUUUUCACAAGACACAGGGGCACGAUUAACUAAUUCAAGUUGAAUUCCAAAUCAGCUUGAAAUACUUAAAUUCCAAAUCAGCUUGAGUGACUACACCGGAGACAUGACAUCUAUGCAUGAGCAAUGCUUAAAAUGUAUUUUGCAACCAACACUCAUUUUCAAGAGAAAUGACUGUCAUUCCACUGAUUUGCAGAGGUUGAGAAUGUAUCAAUUACAGCGCGUACUCAUGGCCACGGAUUUAAGAGCAUAGAACAAACUCAAAGCCCACAUGAAUAAGCGGAUCUGAGGGGAGAGAGGGAGAAAUAAACCGAGAGAGAGCGAAACAGAACAGGGAGAGGGAGACACAGAGAGACCUAAAAGACCUCUCCACUGUUCAGCGGCCGGGCCUGGCUGGCUCUGAAUGGGGGAUAGAGAGAGCUCCCUUCUGUCCGGGAAGGCCGUCCACGGAGAGAGAGUGGAGAGACUGCAUUACAGCGGCAGCACUAGCACAGAUUACAUUUACAUUUUAGUCAUUUAGCAGACGCUCUUAUCCAGAGCGACUUACAGGAGCAAUUAGGGUUAAGUGCCUUGCUCAAGGGCACAACGACAGAUUUUUCACCUAGUCGGCUCGGGGAUUAGAACCAGCGACCUUUCGGUUACUGGCACAACGCUCUUAACCACUAAGCUACCUGCCGCCCCAGAUGACAGUAGGCACAGAGAUAAUAACUCUGCAACAGUAUAGCUAGUCACUGGGAGGAUGCACUGAGCCAAAGGGAUAAGGGGGGGUUAGUAGGGGGCUGAAGAGAGAGAUGCAGAAACACAGACACAAAUGCACACACAAACAGGGGCAGGAGAGGAUACUAGGAUACCAUAGAAACACCGUAAUGCACACUCAUACAUAAAACACAGACACUCACAGAGGGAAAGGGUUAAUUCAAUCCUCUCAUUUCAGCCUGUAGGAGCCACAUAGCCUUUAGAUCCCAGCCCACAGUUCUGGAAUGAGAAAGAUGUGUGAUUAGUGGGCUACACCAGCUAAUCUGAAGAAAACAAAUUAACGGUUUAAAAGAUGAUGUAACAAAGAUGUUUGAGCACAAAUUAAAAAGCCAAGGGGACUAAUUUUUUUACGUCAACAUAAAUCAUUAUUAGGAACUGAAUGGCCAUUUAAAUUGUAAUAAUUUUUUGAAUACUCCUCUCAAGUAACCAAUCAAUCAAUCAAUCAAUUUUAUUUUAUAUAGCCCUUCUUACAUCAGCUAAUAUCUCGAAGUGCUGUACAGAAACCCAGCCUAAAACCCCAAACAGCUAGUAAUGCAGGUGUAGAAGCACGGUGGUAAUGCAGGUGUAGAAGCACGGUGGUAACGGCAAAUAUUACCACAAUGCUUAGAUUUUAACGGUUCAAAUGCUUUCUUAGCCACAACAAUUCUAUAAUUUGCAUUCAUAUGGUAGUUCUGCUUUGUCCCCAGUUUCCCCCAGUUUUUAAACCUGUAAAUAGGCAAAACUUAAGUUCUAGCAACAUUCAAUACUUGAGAAUGAAGGUCUUUAAGCUUAGCAGUCAGAGAAAAGUGACUGUGAAAGUAGUGCGGUAUGAAUAACAUCUAUAUGAGAUGUGUUACUUAAAGAAACAAGGCACCCACCUGCUGUGACCACAACAGCAAUAGUGGUACCAGAACUAGAGCUGUCAACACAGGGGAAAACGUGCCACUGAAUUUAUUAUCCAUGUAAUAAACACAUUACUUCCAUUAGAACAUCAAGGUUGAAAGUGUUUCAUGUAUAUUAGAAAGGAUUGUGGAAAUUCAAUUUUUAUUCACCUUUACACUUUUUUUUCUCCCUCCCCAAUACCAAUCUUUCUCUAUCAUCUCUUCCUAUCUUGCUAUCUCUCUCUCUCUCCCUUUUCCACCCUCUCUCUCUCCCGCUUCCUUCUACCCUCUCUCUCUCUCCACAGUUCCCAUCCCCUCCAAGCUGAAUGGCUCGGCCCUGUCGGCACUCCACCUCAGUAAGGAUGGUCUAGGGAUGGGUUCUGUGUCCAACCCAGGGGAGGUGUUCUGCUCCGUCCCCGGCCGUCUCUCCCUCCUCAGCUCCACCUCCAAGUACAAGGUCACUGUGGGGGAGGUGCAGCGACGGCUGGCCCCACCCGAGUGCCUCAAUGCUUCCCUGUUGGGCGGAGUCCUGCGCAGGUGAGAGGGUCGGAGUUUGGAGUUAGGGGUGGGGAGAAAGAAACAGUGGAGACAGACACACACACACAGCUUCACAUGAUAAUGAAUCAAAUAAGAACAUUCUGAACAACAGAUGUAUUCAUGUAUUCUGAACAAUAGAAUACAAUAUUUGUCACCCCUUGAUUGCUUAAUAUAUCCAGUGGCAAAAGUCCCACUCCUCUACAGAGAAUGUAAUAAUGCAUAUAUUAUAAGACACAUUUUCAAUUCCUCUAAGAAUUUGUAAUGCAUGUUUUUUUAAUGAAACACUUUUCCUGUUCAGUGUUCAUACAUUGGUAGUGCAUAUUUCAAAUAAUUGUCCUUCUAUAAAUGCUUCGACACCAUAUCUAACAAAAACGGAAAGGAAAAGCAAAGGACCAAAUGAAACCAUCAAGUGGCAACAGUACUAUUAUAUGGCCAUGGGGACUCUUGUGUGAAAGCAGCCCAGACAGACAGACCUAGCAGUGAGCAGCCAGAGCCAAGGACUAGGCUCAGUGGUUUGUUAUGUGGCCACACAGACAUAUCUUAAGCUGCUCUCUCUGUCUCCACUCUACUCCCUCAGGGCAAAGUCAAAGAAUGGUGGGCGCUGUCUGAGAGAGCGUCUGGAGAAGAUUGGGCUCAAUCUCCCUGCUGGGCGACGCAAGGCAGCCAACGUCACCCUCCUGACGGCUCUAGUGGAGGGUAAGAGGCCCACAGUAACUUGGACACAUACUGACACACACAUUCAUGGGUGAACACACACACACAUACUGUAGAUUUAAAGAACAACUCUAGGUAGAGCACAUAUUUCCCAGUUAUCGCUUAGUCAAAUCUCUAUUAAAAUCUACUGCCACUGUGAGUAAUUCACUUUUCAACCAAAAUGUAUUUGCACAAUUAAAUUGAAAGAAAAUUGGUCAUGAAUGAGUAAUAACAUAAAAGAUCCUCCAGUACCAUAAACCAAUGAUAAACCCAAACAAGAGCAUCACAUAAACUGAGCUUUGCCUUAUUUCCUGCCGACCCUCCACAUUGACAUCCGGUCAUUCACUAGUCUUUUCUAUCUCCUCCCUUCCCAGGUGAGGCGGUCCACCUGGCCCGUGACUUUGGGUAUGUGUGUGAGACAGAGUUCCCUGCCAGAGCGACAGCAGAGUAUCUGUGUAGGCAGAGUGACCCUGAGCAGCUUCCCACACGACGCAGUAUGCUGCUGGCCACCAAGUGAGUGUCUCAUGAUCCCUGUCUGGGCCUAAUACACUCUGACAGUAUAUACAGUCUCACUAAUAUUGAACAAUCUCCAGUAUUGCAUAUACAUACAGAUAUACAUAGUGUGCAUUGCGUGAAGGGUUGACACCAACUAAAAAAGAUGUUCAGCUUAACUGAAGCAGACAAAGCUAUUUAGGAAAUAUGUGUUUAGUUUUAAUGAGUGAUUAUCGUCCCAUUACAUUGUAAAAUGUUGAUGUAUAAUGAAGAAAUUGUGAUUAAAAACCAACAUUGGCAUUGAAAAAUUCUAACCCUGCUCCUACUUUUUCUUCUCAGGGAGAUCUGCAAGGAGUUUGUGGACCUAAUGUCCCAGGACCGCUCUCCUCUGGGGGCGAGUCGUCCCAACCCCUGUCUGGAGCCCGGGGUCCAGAGCAACCUCACCCACUUUAGCCUGCUCACCCACGGCUUCGGCACCCCAGCUAUCUGCGCCGCCCUCUCCGCCUUCCAGAGCUACCUGGUGGAGGCCAUCAAAAUGCUAGACAAGGACCACGGGGGUGGCAAGGGCCACCACGAGAAGGAGAUGAAGCACCGCAAAUAGGUGGACGGCUUCUGACGAGGUUGGAGAUUGACGGACUGACUGAUUUUCCCUAUUCCAUCCUUUCUUAGCCUCCUUUAAGAGGACAAAGACUGACGUUUCUUCCCGAAAUUCCUACUGUGGCCCAAUCCCUCACAGGGAAGGGCAUGGUGAUGUUUGUACUGUAUAUGUCGGCCACCUCACACAAAGACGCAUGGACCUCUUCUUCUGGGCUGCUGGUUUUCUAGGCAGUGUCCAUUCCUAACUGCCAAUGACAUUUUCUGGAUGAGUUCUGGCUUUAUGUCCCUGUCUGUCUGACUGUCAACCUGCAUUCAUUGGAGUGCCCUCUACUUCCCAUAGAGAUACAACUAUUUAUCUCUAGGCUACUUCCCUUCAAAGUCUGUUUGACUGUCUGGACUUGUACCCACUUUGAAAACAUCUUGUCACAAGAGACGAGCCAUAUCCAGGACAGUCAACUUUCUCAGUUUUGCUCGUUCCUCAUCUGGACAUUGGAUACCAUCCAACUCCACCCCAUAGGAUGGGCAGUUUGUGUACUACGAUUCUAUAUGGGUGCUGCUGUGUAAUUGAGUUCUUGGGGG